AUUAGCGGGGCGCUCAUGGCGCACUAUCUGAUGUCUUUGUUCGGUGGCGCGCCAGGAAUGCGAGUCGGCGGAGAUAAUCCACUCGCAUCGGUGUUCGGCCCUGCGUUCGGCGAUGGCGCGGAGAAUGGAAGAUGGGGUGACUAUGUCUUUAACCAAGAAGCAUUGGAUCAGAUCAUCACCCAGAUGAUGGAGAAUUCCAACGCAAGCCGGCCUGUUCCUGCGAGCGAGGAAGUAAUGCAGAAGUUACCGCGUGAGGUCCUGCAGGAGGGGUCCCCAUUGUUAGAAAAGGACUGUGCCGUGUGCAAGGAUCCUUUCAAGCUGGGCACCGAAGAUCCAGACGAACAGGUCGUCAUCACUCUGCCUUGCAAGCACCCCUUCCACGAGCCCUGUAUCCUUCCCUGGCUCAAGUCCAGCGGCACGUGCCCAACAUGCAGAUAUGAACUGGUCCCGCAACCCCAUCAUCAUGGACCUGGAGAGUCCCCCGCGCAGGCUCCGCAGUCUGCGCCGGGAUCGAGCCAGAACCAGAGUGGAGGAAGCGAGAACAACGCAGGUAGCCCCGACCGCCCCAGUACAAUACCUCCCCGUCCUCGUUCUCCGAACUCCAGUGGCACCGGCCAAGGGCACAAUCGCACUGGGUCUGGAUCAGGCGGUUCGGGCAUCCUAGGCUCGCUGAUCAGCAUGAUCACCGGCAAUCACAACCAGAACAACACUGGCCAUAGCCGCGAUGAGAGUAGUAGUCAGUCCCGAUCGGCAUCACCCAGGCCGACUCAGGGCGAGGGUGGGGGCGCCCAUGAGCCAGUCGACUGA